CCUAUGACCAAUACAGGUACAAUUAAUAUUAUUGAAAAUCACUAUUGUUUCCGAACGAUUUUAUUGCAUGUUGCCCACAAAUAAGUAAUCAUUGCAGAAUCUGUAAAAUGAGUGCACAAUCAGAUUUUGGGUUUUAAAUAAUGCUCCUUUCUCUGACGCCAAAGGCACACCGGUUUCCUGCAAUCUUCAAAUUCUACCAGUUUCUUCCUCCAACAAAUUCAGUUUCGAAAAAUGAGAACCCAUAACCGUAACCGCCGCAGCCUCCCACUCUUAAUCAUUUUGAUGUUCCUCUCAACAGAUUCAGUGUUUCUCCCAGCACAAUCCGACGCCACUCCCCCAUUUUCAUGCGAUCCAUCAAACCUCUCCACAAAUCUCUUUCCCUUCUGCAACACUAGUUUACCCAUCGCUGCCAGAGUGAAGGACAUCGUGUCCCGCCUCACGCUCGAUGAGAAAAUCCAGCAGCUCGUCAACAACGCUGCCGCCGUCCCCCGCCUCAACAUCUCCGCCUACGAGUGGUGGUCGGAGGCGCUGCACGGCGUCUCGCGCCACGGCAAAGGCGUCACUUUCAGCGGCUCCAUCAAGUCGGCCACCAUGUUCCCCCAAAUCAUCCUCUCCGCCGCCUCCUUCGAUUCGCAGCUCUGGUACCGCAUCGCGCAGGCGAUCGGAAAAGAGAGCCGAGCGUUCUUCAAUGCAGGACAGGGGAAGGGGAUGACAUAUUGGGCGCCAAACAUAAAUAUCUUGAGGGACCCGAGAUGGGGGAGAGGGCAGGAGACAGCUGGCGAAGAUCCAUUGGUGGCCGCGAAAUACGCCGUGGCGUACGUUAGAGGGCUCCAGGGGGAUAGUGAAGCAGGGGAGAUCAAAAGGGACGGCCGUCUCAUGGCCUCCGCUUGCUGCAAGCACUACACUGCGCACGACUUGGACAACUGGAAAGGCGUCUCCCGCUACGCAUUCGAUGCCAAAGUGACGAAGCAAGAUAUGGCGGAUACGUUCCAGCCGCCGUUCAAGGCGUGCGUGGAGCAAGGCAAGGCAAGCGGCAUAAUGUGCGCGUAUAAUCGUGUCAAUGGCGUUCCAAGCUGUGCUGAUCAAAAUCUUUUAACUAAAACUGUUCGACAACAAUGGGGUUUUCAGGGGUACAUUGCGUCGGAUUGCGACGCUGUUGCUAUAAUACAUGAUGUGCAAGGCUACGCCAAAGAGCCAGAAGAUGCAGUCGCAGCUGUGCUUAAAGCUGGUAUGGAUGUGAAUUGCGGCAGCUACUUGGCAAAAUUCACAAAAUCAGCUGUGGAAAAGAACAAAGUAUCAGAAGGUGAUAUAGACAGAGCCCUUAGCAAUCUCUUCUCCAUCAGAAUGAGACUAGGACUUUUUAAUGGCGAUCCAAGACAACUCGAAUACGGAAGCAUCAAUGGCAGCUAUGUCUGCAGCAAAGAGCACCAAGAGCUCGCCCUCCAAGCUGCACAAUCCGGCAUCGUCCUCCUCAAAAACGACGGCGCCCUCCUCCCCCUAUCCAAGAACUCAACCAAGUCUCUGGCUAUCAUAGGCCCCAAUGCCAACACUUCAGACACAUUCGUUGGAAACUACGAAGGCUAUCCAUGCAAGAGCAUCACAAUUCUUCAAGCACUUGAAAAUCUAUACAGCAUCACCACCAAGUUUGAUCAGGGCUGUGACUUUGCUAACUGCACUUCAGUUUCCACUGAUAAAGCAGUGGCCAUCGCCAAAGAGGCAGAUCAUGUUGUCCUAGUCAUGGGAUUGGAUCAGACGUUGGAGAGGGAGAAGCUCGAUAGGCUCGAGCUGGGCCUCCCUGGAUAUCAAGAGGAUCUUAUCACAGCCGUUGCAGCCGCUGCAAAAAGACCUGUUGUCUUAGUGCUUCUAUGUGGAGGCCCCGUUGAUAUCUCCUUUGCCAAACAGAAUCCCAAAAUCGCGAGCAUUCUGUGGGCCGGGUAUCCAGGAGAAGCCGGAGGAGUUGCAGUGGCUCAAACUCUGUUUGGAGACAACAAUCCAGGCGGUAAACUACCGGUUACUUGGUAUCCAAAAGAGUUCAGCAAAGUAGAAAUGACAGAUAUGAGGAUGAGGCCUGAUCCUUCUCAAGGGUAUCCGGGGCGAACCUACAGAUUCUACACCGGUCCAAAAGUUUAUGAAUUCGGUUAUGGUCUCAGCUACACUAACUAUACUUACAAGUUCGUCUCAGUCAGUCAUGACAGCCUCUUUCUGAAUGGUUCAUUGUAUGUAAAUGCCGUUAAGAGAUCUGGAUCUUCUCAGUCGAUAUCUAUAUCAAAACUAGGAAGCAACGCCUGCAAGAGCAUCAAGGUUUCAGCUCAAGUGAGAGUCACCAAUCACGGAGACAUGGCUGGUAAGCAUCCGAUGUUAUUGUUUGUUAGAAGCAACAACACGAAAAGUGGUGAUACGGCGAGACAAUUGGUUGGAUUCAAGACUGUGAGAUUAAGUCCGGGAAAGACUAAAGAUGUUGGAUUUGAUAUGAAUCCCUGUGAGAGUUUUAGCCAUGCUGAUGAAGAUGGAGCACUGGUUAUUGAGGAGGGCACCCUCUACUUAGGCGUGGGGGAUGAUGAACACCCUAUUAAUGUUGUAAUCUAAUGUUGAAUUCUUCAUGAUGUAAUACCAAUUUUCUGGCCUUUUGAAACUACUUCUGAGUUAGUUUGCUGCUACAGAAAAAGAAUGGAAGAUUGGAAGUGACUGAAUGUGAGCCCUAACCGAAAUUUAAUUAAUUAAUGGUCCCAUCAUAGUAUUCAACAUUA